AGGCUCUAGCUUGAGUCUUGUGUGUCAUGUCUUGAACUAAAAGUAGUAACUGUUACUUGAAGUAGUUUCUUGUUGACCUACAUGAAUGGUUUGGCAUCACGUUACUCUCUGUAGCUUGUGUAGGUUAUACCUGCAGUCUGCAUUUAAUUUUUGCUCAUCGCAUGUGAUCAGCGGCCAAGGCCAGGGGAUCGACCGACUACUGUUUCUGCGCCUCUAGCUCUGGACGCUUGUCGCUGUACUGGGCGUGCACGCGUCCAGCUGGGUCCCUGAGCAAGUGCCGGAGCCGAAGCGCACGCCGGUCCGGCUGGUCCUGGCUUGAGCGAGUGGUAACCAUUCAGCCUUUCCUCAGUCCUCAGGGCAGGCCACUUAUGACUUACUUCAUGGCCCAGAACUAACCAUUGCAUGCUGUGCAUGUGGGUGGAAAAAUAAUCCGUGAUUGAUUGUCGGACCUUGGACAUAGCGUCCGUCUCGUGACAAUGGAGCGCAACCUGCUUUCUUCUAGCGCGCUCGCGGGCAUCCUGCUGCUGCUUUGCCGUUAUUGUGGACUAGCGGCCGGGUCCUUCUCGCUAGGGAUAGGCUCAUUCAACGUGAAGAACUUCGACUCGGCCAAGUACGACAUGUACAGCGAUAUCUAUAGCGGGAUUGUUGGCUGGCAGAAAAUCUUCCUCUUACAGGAGGUCCUAAACACGAGUAUACCAGAUGCCCUGGUCAACAGCCUCAAUGCGAGAUCCCAGUACGCCAGUAACAAGCCAUUUCGCUCCAUCACCAGUGAGUUGCUUGGGCCUGACUCUGGAACACGGCAAGCGUAUGCAUUCAUCUACCGGGUUGACUUUGUAAAAGUUCAGCAGGUCUACCAGUACCCCAUACAGAACUACACCGUGUUUAGACGACCGCCAUUCUCCGUGAAGUUCCAGUCGCCAGUCGUGGGUAGCUUCAUCUGUACUGGUAUGCAUACAUCGCGGCCCGCCAUUCGUGAACUACAGGCGCUGGACGGCGCGGUGCAGCACAUCCAGCACGUCAUGGGCAGCCACGACAUCCUGAUCAUGGGAGAUCUGAAUGUCGGCUGUGGCUCCGUGCGCCCGGCCGAAUGGUCCACCAUAAGCAUUGCUACCAGCUCCCAGUACAGGUGGUAUGUUAGUAGCACGGUGGAUACUUCACUGUCCGGUGGAUGCUCGGAUGACAGGUUCAUAGCCUCCGCAGCAUUGUCUCUUCGAAUUCCCGAAUCAUCCGUGGAAGUGUACCACUAUCAGGACUUCUACAAGCUCACCCUGGAAGAAGCAGUGAAGAUCAGUACCCACUACCCUAUACAACUGGAGAUCAUUCAGCCUGAGCCAAGUGAAAGCAGACCAGUUCAGAGUACGAUCAGUGAAGCUGCUCUGCUCAAGCUGUAUGGCUACGGAGCUGCACUCGGUUGUGGGUACAUCACAACCACCCUGCAAGGUGCUCUGACGGAUGGAAGCGGCCUUGAUGAGAACUACCGAAAUGACCUCGACUGCGUCUGGGUGAUACUCGCACCGCUCAAUCACAGCAUUUCUCUGAGAGUAACCUACACGUUUGAAAACUUCUACGAAGAUCGGCUUGAUAUUCGCGAUGGCUACACGCUCACGUCACGGCUCAUUGCACGGCUGCAGAACAAGGGAAAUCGAACAGUCACCACCACUGGCAACUCACUGCUGCUCAACUUCCGCACGGACAGCACCGGAACAGGACCUGGAUUUGUCGCCACAUUCACAACUUCGCCACAGUGUGACUAUACGCUAACGGACAGAGAAGGCAACUUCUCCAGCCCGCUCAACAGCUAUACUGGCCACUACCCUAAUAACUUGCACUGCACGUGGAACAUACGCGUACCGCUUGGCAUGGUCAUCAAGCUCAGCUUCUCGAAUUUCCAGGUUGAACCUGAUGGCCAGUGUGCUGCAGAUUACGUCAUUGUCGUCGACGGCCUGGUGACCAAGGACAUAUUCAGCCUGGCGCCAGCGAAGGUCUCUGCCCUGCAGCUCUCUCAGAACACGCUGCCAAACACGCGCCUGUGCGGCACCAUCCUGCCACAACCAUUCACCAGCGCCGCCAAUCAGAUUGGUCUAGGGUUCUCGAGUGACUACACUAACACCAACAAGGGAUUCACCGUCUUCUAUAAAGCUGUUGAUGCAUCGUCCUGUCAGAAUGGCUUCCACUUUUCCGGACACCAUGGGAACUUUGAGGACAACAGCGGGCCCUCGAUCACGUACGCGCCAAACCAGAACUGCUCCUAUUUCAUCGAGGUGCCGGCUGGUCACAUCAUCUCUGUAAAGUUCCUGGUACUGGAUGUUGAGCCAUCUCCGGGAUGCCAGUUUGACUAUUUGAGUGUGUGGGACACUGCUUCGGGGCAUAUACUCGAGAGGUUGUGUGGAUUUCAGCCACCCGAGAACAUCAUCGUAUCCAGUGGGUCCAGGAUGCGUGUGCAGUUUGUGACGGACGGCUCGCUGGAGUUCUCCGGCUUCGUCCUGUCGUAUCGAGCCUGUCCUCGCUGUGCGGAUGGAAUGUUUGCUGCGCUGCCUUGCUUCGAUGUGUACAGUGGCUUCUGUACGGAAUGCAGAACCUGUUCGGCGGAUGAAAUCGAGUUGUCACCAUGCACGGCGACAACGAAUCGUGUCUGUGCAGAGAAGGGCACACCGCCGUUGGAAGAGAAGCCUGCCCAGUGUCGGUCUGAUCAUUUCCUGUGCCGCGGUGGUGGUGUGUGCAUGCCUAAGACGAUACUGUGCGAUGGCGUUGCACAGUGCCCGCAGGGUGACGAUGAAAGUCAUUGCGCAUGCAAUGUGACGUCUGAAUUCCGCUGCAACAAUGGCAAGUGCAUUCCGCUGUUCCUGCGCUGUGAGGGGCAGGACACAUGCCUCGAUGGCAGCGAUGAGCUGGACUGUGUGUGUGACAAACAGAAUGAGUUCAUGUGCGGCGAUGACAAGUCCAGUACCACCAAAUGCAUACCGUUGGGAUGGCGCUGUGACGGUGUGGUCGAUUGCCAAUAUGGCGUGGACGAGCAAGGCUGUAUGGACUACAGCAGUGUAGACGCUUGUUCCAUUGAUCGACUGCCCGUUUUCAGCAAACUCAGUCAGUAUCGGCUGGCCACGCUGGCCUGGGUCAGGCACUGUCUGGCCAGUAUACCGCUGAGGCCCUCCAUCAAGAACACAACGCUCCGCAUUAUCCGAGACGGGGUCCUGGGUCUGUAUGCGUACACUGACCUGAUCCACAACAGUCUGGAGUCGGACAGCAGGCUGGCACCGGGCCUCAACUACACCGUACACAACAUCUCGAUCGACAUCGAGAAAGAGCUGAGCAGGAUCGAGGCGACCGACUACCGGGCAGCGUACGACUUCCACCGCGACGUCACCGUUCUCAUGAGCCACUUCGACGACGCCCACACGCUCUACCUGAACCCGUUCGCGGCCAUCUCGUUCCUGCUGCCGUUCGUGUUUGGCUCGGCACUAGUCGACGGCAAGCAACGCGUGACCAUUGACCGCGUGCAGAUGUCAACGUUCCCAGCGUACUAUGAGCUGCACAAAGGACCGCCGUUCAUCAACUUUGACAAGUUCAGCAGCAUCUUUCCCAACCUGGACGGCCUGCAACCGGAAAACCUAGUGAACAGCAUCAAUGGCAUGCCAGCCCUGGACUUCCUGCGGCAAAUGGCUGAUCCGCUGGGCAACUACAAGAGUGCAGGAGCUCGUUUCAAUGACCUCCUCAGUACCACCACAUUCACUCUUGGCUCGUACCCGCUUCCCAGCAACGACACACUGGACAUUGUGUUCGAUGACAACACGGCACUGCAUCUCAAAUACACGGCGUUCAUCAGUGUGCCCGCUGGCCUCACGCUCCGCUCCUUCCUCACAACGCAGUACAGUGUCAAAGAGCUCGUCAAGCUGGCCCAGCAGCAGCGUCUCUUCGAGCAGUUCAUUCGCCAGUACAAGGACAACAGCAAUGUUCCACUGGCGCUCACGCAGGACCAGCAGAGGCUGCGGCGAAAGCGACUCGUGACGUACGAACCCGCACCAAAAGUGCUCACCACCAUUGCAUCCUAUGACAGCAAGAUGUUCCUCUUCUACUUCAAGAACGCCGUCAUUGUCAAGAUGACCGCGUUCCAGUUCACGAAGCUCGAGCCCGUCAAGUUCCUGCAGUUCUUCAACCAGACGCGUGCACUGGCCCGGCAAAAGGGCACGCAGACCUUGCUGCUCGACUUGACCGGCAAUGGUGGCGGUUUCGUGCAGCUGGCGCAGCUGCUGAUGGCCUACCUGCGGCCGGAGUGGAUCAGCUCCCCGCACGGCACCAUCUGCCAGCCGCUGGACGUCCGGAUCGGAGACUUCCUCAGCAGGCUGUCGACGGCGCUGACUCACUCUCGCAGUACCCUGGCCGGCAAAUCCAUGACUCUGCAGGAGGCACAGACCUAUUGGUCUCUACUGAACACAACUGCCAGCGGACAAACGGUUACUCCCGUAGUACUGACACCUGAGGUGAUGGAAAACUUUAGCUCCAGUAUCCAGGAGCCUGAAAUCAGUGACGCUCAGCGAGGCGCGGUCGUGUCUGAAUUCUUGGAGCGAGUAGUGUUUACCCCGAUCGAGACUCUGGUUCUCGGUCUCAUGCAGAAGCCUGCGAAUAUUGAAACUGGCGAAGCGUUCACCUUGGAACAAGUCGUUAAUGGUGCGGUGGAGCGCCAGCGCGGUGGUCGGACAUCCCGCUAUUCUCAGAAGUACGUAUCCAAAAUCUGCCUCGAUGUGCUGCAGGAUCUGAGCGUCAAGGGCCUGUUUCCGACGUCGCCACCGUUUGAGCGAGUCGCCAUUCUUUCUGACGGCCGCUGUGGCAGUGCCUGCAGCCAGUUCAGCAGUCAGAUGCUCCUGAGUCGCGCCGCCUCCGUCAUCACGUACGGAGGAUACGCCGGAGAGCCCCUGGACAGUUCCGCGUUUGCCGGCGGCAACGUAUUGAUCUGGAGUGAUGUGAUUUGGAAAUCAGGCCUGAGUAUGGCGAUCUGGAGCAUGCUGGUCGGCUCUGAUCCUGAGCUCACGUUCAACACGUACGGCUUCACUGUGCCGCUCCCACUACCGUCCAGCGCUCUUACCAGGUUUGACUUCACGGAGGUGUACAUCCGAGAGCUGGGCCCGGACAGCUUGCCACGUGAGUGGUACACGCUGCCGGGCACAAUGCGCCUACCUCGCUGGACGAGCGGCACCAGCAAGUACCCGCUGGACAGCGCCCAGCAGGUGGCGCUGCUCGGCCUGUACCAAGACGCGCUCACCGAGUUCCGCAGGGGCACUAGCUUUGAGGAGCAAUUCGAGCCAUGUCUGUACAAGGUGCGUUGCCGACCACACAGCAGUGGGCUGUGGAGCACGUCGUCCGUCACCUUCACCAACACCACGCUCUGGCGGAACGACCACUCGGUCUACAACAACAGCGAGUGCUCCGAGGCUGGCCUGGAGAUGACGUCCGUGCGCUACGCAAAGUGGAGCGACAUGGGCUUGAACACGCUGAGCCCCAAGGUGCUGUCGGCAUCGGAUGUGCGCAAACUGAGUAUUGCUCCCACCGAGUAUACCAUCACGCUCUACACACAGAAGUGGGUGGACACAUUCAUCGGUGCCUGUCCGUGUCAAGCAUGGCGUGCUGGGCAAACGCUCAGCAUCGUCCCCGGCACAUGCGCAGCGGGUACGUGUCGUGUGUCCUUGAUCACCUUCAACACUCUCUACGGGAACUAUGUACUACAGGACCCUACUCACAUCUACGUGUCACCAGAGUCUGAGUCCGAGUCAGCAGCAGAAAGCGAGCCUAUAGACGGCAAUGCUAUAUUCACACUGCACACAGUGUAUGAGAGAUGUUUCCCCGUCACUCCGCCUGUCACACUGCCACCUCCAACCACCAUGCUGAUUGAAGAGGGCAGCGUACGCGUGGGAAGAAAGCUGAUCAAGGGCUGGAAGCAGUACGACAUCUACAUUGGCAACCGCUGGGUGACAAUAUGCGGCGAUGGUUGGGCGAGGGCCGAUGCCCAAGUGUACUGCGGGCAGCAGUUUGCGUAUUAUUUCUCCUCCACGUCCCGUACUUCGUCAUCCGUAGCGCUGAACAGCUCCCUGCCGCAGCUCACCGAGAGCAUCAGGUUCAACUGCAGUGGCGAAGAGCUGCGUCUGCUUCAGUGUCCGCACUUCGUCGUCAAGACCUGCACGGAUGACCUUCUGCGCGUUCACUGCACGGCAGAGGGGCCCAACUCGGACGCCAGUGCCGACCACCGAGCUCUGGAUUACGGUCUUGGGAUCAGCGCCGGCGUGGCUGGCCUCUCCAUCAUCCUCAUCAUCUGCUUUCUCAUCCGCAAGGCACGCAUCCGUGCAACGCAGUUCAGCAACAACGACAUCGCCAACAUGCAGCUGGGUCAGCCCAAGAGCUGGUGGCGCUGGACUCCGCUGAACGAGGUCGCCGACGACACUCAGGACUUUGCCUACUCGGCCAGCUCCAUAGACUACACGGCCACAUAAGCAGUCUGUGCAGAUCUCGCUCGCAUGUGAAGCGGGUAUUGCACGCCCACAUGGCAGCAGUAUUAUCUAUAUCAACGUUGUCAUAGAGUAUGGAGUUGACACUUACAUGAUGUCAUCAUGAUGUCAUUCAAGUCCACCUAAUGUGCCCUGCUAAUGUUUGAUCGAAUGACUGGAAGGACACUGUGAUCUGCUCUACAAAUGGGUACCUGGAGAGGAAGCAAAUAUCUGACCGAGGGUGCUGGCACCUGAGUGCAUAUUGGUUGCUAUUCGUGCAUUUACAAGAGAGACUGAAGACACUGUUGGUCUUCACUCUCUCUAAAUUGCUAAAUCUGGCUUUACUAUAAUUUAAUCCUAUUGAUUUUACUUCAGUGUAGUUCCUUGAAACAUAAAAUGCAGUCUUUUCCCCAUUUCUAGCAUGCCUUUGGAUAGCCAAAGCCAAACGCUUGCUCUCUACAGCCAUCAUCAUGAAACGUUCCCUGGUGUUCUUUCCUCCCGAAUAUGGUUCGCCCUCCUGGGCGUAUCGCUGUUUGAGUCCUAUUCAGGUCUAGUUAUUGAUGCAUGCAAUUUUUGUCUGCUGCCUACUGGUUCGGCACUGGCAAAGUAUCCUGGUUACCCAUGCUCAUGACCAGAACACUUUGCCAAUCAUUGAGGCAUCUACUUGUAGACCAGGUAAAUAGUAAGGUCUUGGUCCGACAUCAUUCAUGAUAGUAUUAUUAUUUCGCUUGAUUUGCGUCUAGAGUUUUUAGCACACUCAAUAGCAAAUUUCUGCGCUCAAACUGUUUACGAAAUAGCUAAUUAUGACUAUCAUUAAUUUUAUCAUGUGCUGGAUCUGAUAGUUAUUCCUUGAAAUUAGGCUGCUCGAUAUUUUAGACUUUUCGAUAUUUUAGCAGAUAUUUUAGGCUACUUGAAAUUAGGUUGGAAACCCGUCAGUGGGGUCUUUACUAGUAGACUUAUAGUGCCAGUACAGCGCUGACUUCAUUUUGCUUUUCUCGUCAUUGGUCCGCUCAAAGUGCAGAAUUUCUGGAAUUGCUGUCACACAA